AUGGCUGCAUAUUCUGCUGUAGUUUCUCUCCUUCACAUCUUACACCCCGAUCAAUUUCCUCUUAUUUACGAUCGAACCCCGGAGAUCGAAUCCCUCUAUAGCAAGCUCGUCUCGUUGCAAUCCCUCCUCGAAAAGAUCGUUCCGACGAAAAGCAUCCGAGAUGAAGUAAAUAAUUUGGACGUUCAAAUCAGAGAGGCCAUUUACACUGCACAGGACAACAUUGAAUCCUUCAUCUUCAGACAAGAACAAAUCCAUACAGCACUAUUGCCGGAAAUAAUAAUAAUAGCAGCCGACGCCAUCGAUCCUCUGAUCACGAAAGCAGAGGCAAUCGCUAGCUCGAUCAACGAAACAUCAUCGCCCGAAAACACUAGGGAGACAAGAUCCACCAAUAUUUUUAUCAAGAAGAUUGUGGGGCAAGAGGAAGACUUGAAGAAGUUGAAAGAUGAGAUACUCAACGACACGUGCGAGCUCGCGGUUGUCCCGAUCGUCGGUUUGCCCGGUAUCGGAAAGACGACUCUCGCCCGGAGUAUUUACAAUCACCGCCACGUAAAGAAACACUUCAAUAUCCGGGCGUGGGUGACUGUGACACAAGACUAUCAGUUGAAAGAAAUCUACUCCGACCUCUUGUCCUCGAUUGAAAGGAAAGGCGAGAAGUCGAGGAGAGAUCGUGUGAUGAACACGGAAGCGAGUGCUAGUAAGUUAGCCGACCGGCUGCAUAAAGAACUCCUGGGGGGCAGGUACCUCGUUGUGGUUGACGAUAUAUGGGAUGAAGAAUCGUGGGACGCGUUGAGACAUUCGUUUCCGGAUUCGGCCAACAACAGUCGAAUCGUCGUCACCAGCAGACUUCGAGAGAUUGCUCAUUACGUAGUCACUAGUAGAUUUGAGGAGGAGAUUGAUCCCCGCGACACGUUCGGUUACUUCAUUCACACAAUGAAGCCUCUAAACGACGAGAAUAGCUGGACGCUGCUGAGGCAGACGGUUUUUCGGGACGACGACAGGAGGUCUUGCCCGCCUCACUUGUUGGAUAUCGGAUUGAAGAUCGCAAGAAACUGCCGCGGGCUUCCUCUGUCGCUUACCGUCGUCGGCGGCCUGCUUUUCGCACAAGGCGACGAGACGGGACGUUACUGGGAGAGCAUCGAAGAAGACACGCAUGCUGCUGCUGCCAGAGGCGACGAGUCGUACUUGGAGAUUUUGUAUUUGAGUUACAACCACUUGCCCGGCAGAUUGAAAGCGUGUUUCCUUUACAUGGGAGCUUUCCCCGAAGACAGUGAGAUUGUCGUCUCCAAAAUCGUCAGUUUGUGGGUUGCCGAAGGAUUUCUCGAACUGGCACAACAGCAGAGUGUGGAGCAGGUUGCUGCAGAGUCUUUGGAACAACUUAUCGAUCGAAAUCUCAUUCAUAUUCGCGGGUUCACCUCAAACAGCCGAACUAAAGCUUGCGGCAUGCACGAUAGUUUAAGGGAUUUGUCCGUGAAAGAGUGCGGCAAGGAGAAGUUCUUCCAUUCGAGAAGGAAGUACGUUCAAGAACUUCCGGAAGAUACCGACGCGCAGAGGCGUAUAUGUGUCCACAGAAAUGUCCUCAUGUGCAUGGAAGAAGUUCACGAUUCCGUUAAACGGAUCAAGUUCGCGCGGACACUUCUUUACGCCGGGCCCCACCAUCACCAUCCGUUACCUUUCUGUUUGACUUUCGAUCUCCUCCGGGUUUUGGAUGCUUUCACGGUCUGUUUCAUUGAGUUCUCAGAUGAGAUAGUUAAGCUCGUUCACUUGAGGUACCUCUCUCUCACCUACAAUGGGAAACUUCCUUCAACAUUAUGCAAUCUCCGAAAGCUCCAGAUUCUGAUGGUACGCCGACACCCCAAAAUCAUAUACGUGGCUACAUCGUUUCUGCCUGUCAUAUGGAACAUGGCGCAUUUAAGGCACCUCGUUUUUACGGAGAGCGAUUUGCCAGGAAUCAUCCACCGCCGCCACGAUGAGGGGGACUCCGUUCUAUUUGCCAACCUCCAAUCCCUUUCGAAUGUGAGCGCCGGCUCCUGCACAAAGGAGGUACUUCAGAACAUGCCCAACUUGAAGAAAUUGGCCGUGUGGACUAAAACGCCACCGGGCCCUACUGAUUCAUGUCUGCAUCUCGGCCAACUUCAAAAUCUUCAGGCGUUCAAAUUCACCGUCGUGCAACCGAGACCAAAACUCAUGUCCAAGACUAAGAUCAUCGACCACUUCCCAAACACACUGGUGAAGUUGAGGUUGAGCGGUUGCGCACUUCCUUGGGAAGACAUGACGGUUAUCGGGCAGCUGCCUUGUCUUGAGGUGCUGAAGCUGCGCGACAUGGCGUUCAAGGGCGACAGGUGGCACGUGGGGGCAGACGAAUUUGGUAUGCUUAAAUUCUUGUUGCUUGAGUACAUGGAUUUGAAGGUGUGGGGAUUAGCCGACGAUGGUGGUGGCAACUUGUUAAGUGUUUUCGACCAACACAACUCACAUUUCCCGAAGCUGGAACGCUUGAUCCUCCGGUACUGCUACGUGUUGGGAGAUAUCCCCGAAAGUAUUCGAUACGUAGGUGGGCUUGAGCUGGUCGAAUUGGUCGAGUGCAGCCCUGCUUGUGUGGAUUCGGCGCUGGAAAUUAGUGAAUAUGCGGAGAAAAAUGGAAACGAAAACCUUAAAGUUCGAAUCUAUUCUUCAUGGGAAUAG